AUGGACACUAGCUCUCGUUACGCUUUGCUUUGGAGCGCGCCUGCGCAUCUGGAGGUUGAUUCAUUCUUUAGAACCAAUAUACUCAGAAAUUGGGCUUUGUUGGACUUCUGCAAAACUCGCAGCGUAUCCUCGGACCUUGAUACGGCGGUGGCACUCUGGGAGGAUGGCAUUAAGAAGAUCAUCCACGAUAGAUUGACUCCCCAAGCAGUGACUACGGCGUGUAGAAAGCUGCUUGAGCAAAUCAAUGAUACCGAAGAAUGCCGUGAAUAUUUCAAUGGUACCAGAGCGGCGGAGCCCUCUAACAGUAACCAGGACGAUGGUCAAAAUAAGAGAGUGAGGAUAGAUGACCAAGAGUCCGAUAACAGCUGGCAGGACUUUGCAGAAAUGCUAGUAUUUGACGGUGUGCAAUAUAAGCAAUUUAAUGCAUAUAGGUUCGAGUACAACAGGUCUCUAACAAGCGAACACAAAGCCAACCUUAAAAAAGUGGUUCAAGGUGUCAGGCUUAUUGAGGAUGACCAAUAUUCUAAAGCAGCUCGAUGGACAAAUAACUUUGAUUGUUGCACGAGCGUCGAGGCCGUGUUCAUGAUCGACAUGGAAAUGUCUCCAAAGAUGCGGAAUUGGCUUUGGGAAAAUAACGAACUCGAAAGGCCUCUGGGAAAUUUGGAGGGCUGGGUUACUUCCCUUAUUUCCACUCCUUUGCUGGCUUGCUUUCGGGAUAUCGAGGGUGCUAGGCUGGUUUUUACUGAGGCAAAGCCUCACCCCAAAGGCAGUGCGAAGCAAGAGACUGGUUCGUCGCAGGGAGAGGAGGAGAGGGGGGAGGAGCGAGUGCAGGAGAGGAAGGAAAGAGAUAUGACGCAUGACUAUAUCCUCAAUAUAAAGAUGGGUCUUCGGAAUGGUCUGAUUAUAGCCAUGAUGACCGUUGAAGUGAAGAAGAACAACCACCAGAGCUCCAAAGAUUCAGAUAUUCGCAAACUUGAGAUUACAAUGGGACAGGCACUUGUGCGUAUGCGAAAGUUUUUCAAGGGUAAUCAUUUGAACUUUCGCUCGUUCGGCGUAUUCUUUGGUUUGGAUGAAGUUACUUUCCUGGAAGCACGUUUCGAGGGCAAAAUUGUUUUGGUGUAUCAGGUAGGCCAUGGAACAAUCCCGAAGAACCCCCAGAAUAUGAAGGAACUUGGAAAAGUGAUUAGGCUUAUGGUCGCCUUCAGAACACGAGUCCACGAGUCAAUAAAUAGGACGUUAUCCUUCAUAGUCCAGCGACCCUUUCCUGUGUAA